CAAAGUCCCUAGUGGCCCGAAGAAAACUGUCGAGUCAACGUCUGGUAUCCUAACCUCUCUUCCCUGCGCUCGACGGACUAUCGAACAGAUAACGUUGAGCAACGAUGACUUUUUUUAUCGGCCCUGUCCUCGGGUCGUCCGCUGUUCUCUCUGGUCAAGCUCCGCGCCGAUGACCAGCGAAUGACUCGCGUGAAUUCGUCGCGCCGACGAAUAUAUCAGCCAGCGAUCUUAGGUGGUUGAACAGUCGGUUGAUCAACAAACUCGAGUAGAGCACAGGCGAGCGAGCGAGACAGUGUCGCCGUUUCCCCGUGGGUCGAGCGAACGAAAAUCGGCGAACGAACGAGCGGCUACGACUUCGGCUCGGACAGAGAACCGUGUCUUUACGGAAGUUUCAAUGAUUGCGUGAAACUUCGGUAAUAGUUGUCAUCGAUGAUCCUUUAUCCCUGGCUGGAACCUAUAGACCCCAGAAACACUGCUUGGCCACCGAACCUCUCGUUCAUCCUCAGACAAGCCUCCACCGACUAUUCCCAUCACUUUCCGCUUCCAGUGAUCAAGGGAGCUAAUGAUCCAUCACCUGGAAACCUGUCAGCUGCGAGCAUCUCUUCCGGCGGUUACGGCGAACCGUUUGAAACGCGUGGUCCUCUGAAACGACUGCCGCGCCGUAUCUCCGCACUGGUCCUCGGCCGCUGCGAGGAUUCCGUGAUCAGUAGCACCCGCUAGGCUCGACAGUCGUCGGACACGAGGUCUGCAUGUAACCCGGGCUCUGCCUCUGGUGUCGCAGUCGUUGCCUCGAUCGAUCGUGCGGUCAGCGUUUCCGACAGCUCUCCUUCCAGUGUUCUCGAGUCGCCAGGACCAGCGCCAGUUGAACGAGAUGGAGAACGCGGAGGACGCCAGCGCGAUCGUCGAACUCUACAUUUAUGACCUGUCCAAGGGCAUGGCUGCAACGAUGUCCAGGACUGUUAUAGGUCGACACGUGGAAGGAAUAUGGCAUACGGCUAUCGUUGCGUACGGCAGGGAAUAUUACUUUGGCCCGUACGGGAUCCAGAGUUCUCGACCCGGUGGAACGGUGCUAGGCGAGCCGGACAAGGUGGAAAGGAUCGGCGACACUUACCUGUCGUACUCCGUCUUCCUCGAGUACAUCAACGGCCUGGGAAUCUCCAAGUUCGCUCCAGGAACGUACAACCUUCUCAAGCACAACUGCAAUUGCUUCACGGAGGAAGUCAGCAACUUCUUGGCAGGCAAAAGUAUCCCAAAGUACAUCCUCGAUUUACCUGAAGAGAUACUUCAAUCACCGAUCGGGCAAGGUUUGAGAACGCUGAUAGAAACGUUGAGCAACAGAGCGAGCGGAUCAGUAUUGUUCACAGUCGGCCAGACAUUCCUAGGAACGAGAAAUCAGAGGGAGGUCUCUCCGGAAUUCGAGCUUUUAAAUGAGGCCAUUGAGGAAGCACGGUUAAAUUCAAUUGCAUUGGAAGAAAGAAGGAACGAGCUGAACGAGAAGCUAGCCAAGGAGGAUAGAAAGAAGAAGAAAAAGAAGAAGAAGGAGAAGAAGCAGAAAGGAAGUAAAGAGGUUGCGAGCGAUACGAAUAGCACCGGUCCUAGCAAUUGUUCAGACAUGGCGGAAAGCGAAGCUGCUCCACAACUGACCGAAGCGCAGCUCCUGAGUUUCGAGGAGAACUCGGAGCCAUUACCAGCAGAGCCGCCCAUAGUCUUUAAAGAUUUGGUGGACGUGAAAGCGGAGUACGAGACGUUGAACACUCUAUUGGAUGGGAAGUUGAACGACGACGAGAAGGAGUGCAUGGACAAACUUCGACAGUACGUGCUGGAAGACGAAGGCUCCUGGGCGCUCGGCGAUAAUUUCUUAAAUUUCGUGGGUCGAAUUCUGGAGGACGAGUCCAUAGCGACCGAUGCCAGAGUGAAAUUGUUCAACAUACUUUCCGUCGCCGCGUUGAAAGAUGACGUGAUCCUGCUGUUGCACCAGGACAGGCGAGAGCACAUCAUCAUGAAUCACGCUUACGAUUUUGAUCUUCAUCCACCGGAGGAGCAACUCGCUCUCACGCAAUUCUUGACGAACCUGUUCGAGAAUCUCAGCAGUUCGGAAUGGUUGUUGUACAUAUCCCUGUGGCAGCACAAAAACCAGAGCAUCAGCAACAUCAGAGUGACAACGAAGGUAGCGAUACACGCGCUGCUGUCGACCUCGCCGGACCUGCAGACCCGCGGCGCGGCUCUCAUCCACAACCUGGCCUGCAAGGAGAAAAUGCACAAAAUGAAAAGUCUGCGGCAACUUUUACCGAAAGGCAGCAUUUCUAAGGUGUUCGACGACGUCGCGGCGGAACUGACGAUGGCAUUGUGCCAAUACUUCAACGGCACCCCGGAAGAGGAGCAGCUGUACGUUUGCAUGAAGUCCCUGGCACGCCUGACGCAGGUCAGCUGCCACUACGUACCGAUGUUGAUCAAGAUGGUCGGCCUGAAACCGACCAAGUUCCGCGGGACCUCGGAAAGGGUCGACGAACAGAUCGAUCUGGUCAACAAGAGAUUGACGUAGAGGCCACCGCCGCGGACACGCGCCUGGCUCACGGAAGGCGACACACGGUACCAAAUGAUCUUGUUAUUGUGUUACGAUUAUUGAAUUUUUACAUAGAGAUUUUAUCGAGAAUAAACUGCAUACAAUGUAUAUUAUUACUACGGUUAUUGAAUUCGAAUGAUUCACUUGUUGCCAAUUAAUAUUAUUGUUACUAUUAUCGUCAUCGUCAUCGCCAUUAUGUUACUUGUUAUUACUAUCAUCGCCAUUAUUGUCGUUAUUAUAUGAUUCUUCCUCUUCUUCUUCUUAUCAUUAUUAUUAUAUUGAAGUAUUAAAAGUUGCAAAAGUA